AUGGUCCUCCACAAGAGAAAGCCCGUCUUGACGAUACCUCAUCCAGAGAAUCUCACAGAUAAUACGGAGAUCUUUGUGAUUAAUGGUACGGAUGAGAUAUUCAUCGACUAUGAGAAAUACAUCAAGCGAUUCGACUGGCUCAGCAAGAAGCAAUUCACAGACUCGGUCAAUGGCAAGUCUGGUCUGACUUAUUGGGACGCGUUGAAAUCCGAGACGAAGAGCUCUGCGACGAUUGAGAACAUGUUUCCAGACGCGCUCCGGGAACAGAUUCUGCAAAAGGUGCAAUUCUCCACCACCUCGCGCAUGGACGAGCUGKGUAAGUUCACGGUCAUUGAGGAAUCGGGCGAGCAGCUUCAAGGUGUCAUUCGCGAGAAGGCCAAAUUCCCCAUGAUUCGCGCCGCCGAUGGCAGCAUUCAGCGCGAACCUUUUUCGAGAUACUUUGUCAGAAUCCAUGGAUCAACAGCAGAGGAGGCGCUCACAGACGACAAGCACGUUCGACGCGACCGGAAGGUGUUUACUAAGCAAAACCUGCGAUCAUUCUUGAAGAACUCGCUCCAGCGUGAGGCAUGGACAGGAGCGCCAUGGCUAGUAAAGGAGCAUCUUGCCAUUCACUACCGCCUGCCCAUGGAGAUCCCUGCACAUCUACUUCAGGAUGCGCGCCUGCUCCAGAGCAAGCCACAUCAUCUUCAAGUGAGACUGCCCAAGGCCAAGAAGACCAAGCUCAAUCAAGGUGAUUUCAACCAGAUCAGCACACAGGAAGAGCUCCGURUGCAGCAGAUGCAACAGCAGCAGCAGCAGCAUCCCGGCGCACAUUCUCAUCAUAUUCCUCAACAAAAUGGUCACCACCCUGCGCAAUCUCGGCCGCCACCUCCGGUAGUCAUCAAGUAUCCAAUUGAAGAUCUGGACAUCCCACCAAAGCGAAAUGGCACAACACGUCCGGAGCUCAAAUUUUUCACCGAGGAGAUUGCCGACUACAUCAAAGGCACCCGUCGGGAUCCUCCAGCGGAGAUCGAGAUUGAGUCGAUGGGAAUGUUGCUGGAAGUUUGGAACACGCUGAAUGUCCAGUGCGAGGUUUACCAACUGGACAGCUUUACAUUCGACGAUUUUGUGGAUGCGAUGAAGUACCAAUCUCUGACCACAAAGUGCGAACUCUUUGAGGAAAUUCACUGCUCUGUUCUAGGGAUGUUCAUCGAUGAUGAAGGCAAAUUGCAAGUCAAGGAUCUUCCCAAGAAGGUGGAAUCAACCUCCGUGGACGAUUCCGAGAUGAUAGAUGGAAGCGAAGCCUCUACACCGAUACCCGACGCACCUGCAAGAUCAACACGUAGCCGACUGAGUCAUGUCGAAUCGGCCGCCGACCAACCGGGCGCAGAAAAGGGUAAUCUGGCGUCUGAGAUGUUGGCAGAGCGGGGAUGGCUUGAGAGGCUUGUGGCUCGCGACUAUGCCGACGGAGGCUGGCAAGUGAUUGUUGUCGGCAUCCUACAUCAACUUUCGGCGAGCUCGAAAUUCAAGGCAAGAUGCGACAGGAUAUUGGCACACCUCGCGCCAGUCGACGAGCCGCCCACCCGGCAGACGGCACUCGAGCAAUAUGCUACCAUGGACAUCAACUUACGGAUCACAGCCCUGCAAAUGCUGACGCUGCUCUCCGUCCGAACGGAUACCAUCAAAGACUCGCUUGAACAGUGCAUGAAUGACAUGACAGACACGCGAAAACGCAAAAUUGAGUUUCAGCGCGAGAAGAAGGUUGCGAUGGAGGAGUAUGCGUCGAAGGACCAGGAGCGCAAGAUCCUCCUACCCGACCAUCUCGAGCCGGACUCGCCAARGCCAGAAGACAGCAUUAUGAGCGUCGAACAGGAAGCGACAGAGGGCUCAAUCGACGGUGCUAGCAGCACACCCGAUCGGGACGAUGAAGUGGCAGCUGGGGGUCGCUCACUACGGCGUGGCAAUGAUCGCAAGCGCAAGCGCGACGAAGACAACGCGCGUCGUGAGAAGGRGAGGGCAGAGAAGGCCGAAGCAGCCAAGGCUCAGAAUAAAUCCGCAAAGGUGUGGAACAAGGUAUUGAAGGAUCUUGCAGAAAUUCAGAGCAAAAUCACGGCACUCGAAGAUCAGAUUGCUGAAUGCGACGAAGAUCUGCGCGAGGCCAACGUUCAGCGCACCAAGGUGCUCGGCAAGGACAGAUUCUGCAACCGCUACUACUGGUUCGAGCGCAAUGGGCAGCCUUUCGGAGGUAUCCCCAGCYCAAGCACCGCGUCGUACGGCUACGCCAACGGCAGAAUCUGGGUACAGGGCCCUGAUCCGAUGGAGAGCGAAGGUUUCAUCGAACGCACCAAGGAGGAGCAGGCCGAGUAUCGUGCCCGCUUUGGAACCACAGUGCCGGAGCGCCGUCAGCAKGAAGAGGGCGCAACCGUUCUCAAGGACGCGCAUGACUGGGGCUUCUACGAUGAUCCGGACCGACUUGAUCACCUCAUCGGUUGGCUAGACGAGCGCGGCGACCGCGAAAAGAAGCUUCGCAAGGAGCUCCUCGAGUGGAGAGACAAGAUCGCAGAGUACAUGAUUGCGUAUCAGAAGUUUCAUGCCGAGGAGGCUGCGAAGAAGAUUGAAGGCGAGGAGGAGAACGCUUCGAGGAUCAGCACCAGAAACAAGGUCCAUGAAGAGCAGAAGGACCAGAAGGAGAGGUGCUUGAAGUGGCGGAACACGAUUGCAUGGGACGAGAUGGGACACUUGCAUUCGGAGUACCCCAAGGUCAAGGAGAAGAAGGCACCCAAGGGUGUUGCUGUGUCCGUGCCGCGAAGCGGCAAGCAUGCUACGCGGCAGGCUGCGAAGUGA